UUGUGUUCCCUUAUCUGUCUGUCUGUCUGUCUGUCUGUCUGUCUGAUUCUCCUGUGUUUCAGAAUGCGAGCGUGAUGACAUCACAAAGCCCUUUGAUUCCGCUGCUGGUGACGCUGCUGUUGCUAGGCAGAUUUUCAUCAGGCCAGUCGGCAGAUCAUACCGAGAUUCGGGUUUGGCCGGGUGGUUCCGUGACUCUACCUUGUCUGGUACCGGCGGGCUCCAUCAACGGUACUUCUUUCAAGUGGCUGAAGCAGAGUUUUGCCAUCGCCGGCACGGACACAACCACGCAAAACGCCAGAGUGUCGACACGCAAAAAUUACUCCCUCGAGAUCAAAAACACGACAUCCCAAGACUCCGACAUUUACACCUGCGUCGUCUCUGACGCAGAACAGAGGAGUGAGGCUCCCGUGCGUCUGACUGUGGCAACUGAUCUGCAGCAGACCCCGCGUCUUGUGACUGUACACCCGGGCGAUUCUUUCACUGUGAGCUGCAAGGAGCCGCUAGAAACGCCCUUGGGACCCAUCCGAUUAUACCUGUUGAAUGCCGCCGGUUCAGAGACCCUCGUCUCCACGUUUAUGAAGAACAGAGGGGUGGAAAACCAUCCCAGAGCGAGCAUGACGUCCAGGGGAGAUGGAGAAUGGGUCUUCGAAGUUAUGGGAGUGACAGCCGCGGACGAGGGCGAUUAUAUCUGCAGGAAGUUUAGGAAAAUUAGUGGCAAAGAAGAGGAGGUGAUCGGACAGGGAGAGAAAACCAAGCUGGUUGUGGGAAAUAGAUUUCCUGUUUCCUCUCCUCUCUCUCUCUCUCUGGUUGUGUCUCAACCCAGUAUAACUCAGGGCUCUGUGAUUGGCACAGAGGAGGGAGAGGUCACUGUACCCUGCACUGUGACAGAGGCUCCUCCAGGACCAGUGAGAUGGUACAGGGACACUGGCAGAGGCAGACAGUAUCUUUACUCUCCAUCCUCCCCUCCGCCCAAUGAGAGAAACGACCCCCGUGUGUCUCUUGUACAUCAUCACCACGCCACAGAUCUCUCCAUUCGAAUUGUGAACCUGAACCUGCGUGACUCAGGAACGUAUUACUGUGAGAAAUACAGAGGGAUUGAUGUGACCCUCAUUGCUAGCGGCUCAGGGAGCAGGCUGCGUGUGCAAGCUCUGCCUCCACCCAUUAUAACUCAGGACCCAGGCCCUGUGACUGGCACAGAGGAGGGUGAGGUCACUGUACGCUGCACCCUGUCCAGAGUGGGUGCUGCAGGACCAGUGAGAUGGUACAGGGGCACUCUCAGAGACAGACAGCAUCUCUACUCUACAGCAGCCCCUCUACCCAAUGAAAGCAACGACCCCCGUGUGUCCAGAGUACAUCCAGACCACCCCACAGAUCUCUCCAUUCGAAUUGUGAGGCUGACCCUGCGUGACUCAGGAACUUAUUACUGUGAGAAAUACAGAGGGUUUGAUGGGUCCCAAAUAGCUGGGGGUGCAUUCACCUGGCUGCGUGUGCAAGAACUCUCUCCUGUCAGUAUAAGUCAGGACCCGGGCUUUGUGAUUGGCACAGAGGAGGGAGAGGUCACUGUACCCUGCAGUGUGACAGGGGCUCCUCCAGGACCAGUGAGAUGGUUCAGGGGCACUCUCAGGGACAGACAGUAUCUCUACUCUACAGGAACCCCUCUGCUCAAUGAGAGAAACGACCCCCGUGUGUCCAGAGUACAUCCAGACCACCCCACAGAUUUCUCCAUUCGAAUUGAGAGCCUGAUCCUGCGUGACUUAGGAAUAUAUUACUGUGAGAAAUACAGAGGGACUGAUGAGACCCUCAUUGCUACCGGCUCAGGGGCCUGGCUGAGUGUGCGAGCUCUGCCUCCACCCAUUAUAACUCAGGACCCAGACCCUGUGACUGGCACAGAGGAGGGUGAGGUCACUGUACGCUGCACCCUGUCCAGAGUGGGUGCUGCAGGACCAGUGAGAUGGUACAGGGGCACUCUCAGAGACAGACAGCAUCUCUACUCUACAGCAGCCCCUCUACCCAAUGAAAGCAACGACCCCCGUGUGUCCAGAGUACAUCCAGACCACCCCACAGAUCUCUCCAUUCGAAUUGUGAGGCUGACCCUGCGUGACUCAGGAACUUAUUACUGUGAGAAAUACAGAGGGUUUGAUGGGUCCCAAAUAGCUGGGGGUGCAUUCACCUGGCUGCGUGUGCAAGCUCUGCCUCCACCCAUUAUAACUCAGGACCCAGGCCCUGUGACUGGCACAGAGGAGGGUGAGGUCACUGUACGCUGCACCCUGUCCACAGUGGGUGCUGCAGGACCAGUGAGAUGGUACAGGGGCACUCUCAGAGACAGACAGCAUCUCUACUCUACAGCAGCCCCUCUACCCAAUGAAAGCAACGACCCCCGUGUGUCCAGAGUACAUCCAGACCACCCCACAGAUCUCUCCAUUCGAAUUGUGAGGCUGACCCUGCGUGACUCAGGAAUCUAUUACUGUGACAAAUACAGAGGGUUUGAUGGGUCCCAAAUAGCUGGGGGUGCAGGGACCUGGCUGCGUGUGCGAGAGAUCCCUCCUCCCACUAUAACUCAGGACCCAGACUCUGUGACUGGCACAGAGGAGGGUGAGGUCACUGUACCCUGCACCCUGUCCACAGUGGGUCCUGCAGGACCAGUGAGAUGGUACAGGGGCACUGGCAGCGGCAGAGAGUAUCUCUACUCUACAGACCCUCUGCCCAAUGAGAGCGACGACCCCCGUGUGUCCAGAGUACAUCCAGACCACCCCACAGAUCUCUCCAUCCAAAUUGUGAACCUGACCCUGAGUGACUCAGGAACGUAUUACUGUGAGAAAUACAGAGGGUUUGAUGGGUCCCUCAUUGCUGUGGGCACAGGGAGCAGUGUGCGAGCGACUCCGCCGCGUUGCCACGGAUACGAGAAGGCCUGGCUGCCGUGCGUGGACGGCCCCUCCCCCUCUGGGAAGGCGAUUCUAGGCGAGUCUCUGUCGGAGUUCUCUGUGAGUCUGUACCGCGCUGUCGCACACGCCCAGACCAGCACGCGCAACCUCUUCUUCUCCCCGCUCAGCGUCGCCAUGGCGCUCUCACACCUCCUGCUGGGAGCGCGUGGCGAUGCCCAGACUGCCCUGGAGGAGGCGCUGUUUCUCCCCCAGAAUUUCGAGUGCCUGCAUAAGGAGCUGAGAAGCCUGUCCUCCCGAAACCUCCUGACUGCAUCACAGAUCUACGUGAGGCCUGGUCUUGAACUGCAGGAGUUCUUCAAGGACCAAUCGAAAGAGUUCUACGGGGAGGGGCCUCAGCUGCUGACCAAUGACAGCGAAGCGAACGUGAGGAUGGUCAACGAGUGGGUGGCUGAGCACACGGAACACAAGAUCACACGCCUGGUGGACGACGUGCCGGCAACCACUGAGCUGCUGCUGCUGAACGCAAUCUACUACCAAGGGAAGUGGAAGGUCAGGUUUGAUGUGAAGGAGACAGUGAAGGAGGGGUUCAUGUCGUUUGGGAAGCAUGUUGAGGUGCCGGUGAUGAAGAGCCAGGGCUACAAACUGUCCUCCCUGCAUCACCGCGGACUGCAGGCCAAGGUGGGCAGGUUUCAACUCUCCGGCGACACCUCUCUCCUGGUCCUGCUCCCCACAGACCCCUCUCUGGACUCUCUCCUCGCACUCGAGUCCCGGCUGAGCUCCAAGCUCCUGGCUGACGUUGUGCAGCAGCUGAACCAGGCCACCCCCCACUCCACCGUGGUCUCGCUGCCCAAGCUGCGGCUGGACGUCCAGACUGACCUAGCGUACAUACUGGAGAAGCUGGGUCUCUCGGAGCUCUUCAGCUCCCCGAAUCUCUGUGGGCUGACCCCCGAGGCGGGAGUGUUUGUGUCGGACGCUCUGCACCGUGCGGUGCUGGAUCUGGGGGAGAGCGGGGUGGAGGCUGGCGGGGUGACCUCGGUCUCGCUGGCCCGCUCCGUGGUUCGUGUUCGAUGCCCUGCAGCCCUUCAUGCUGGUCCUGUGGGACGACGCGCUGCGGGCCCCGCUGUUCAUGGGGCGCGUCACCCGACCCCUUCGCAGCCCAACUGAGGAGCGCCAGAGACA